AUGGCGAUGGCGGCGAUGGAGGACUCCGGCAGCGAGCGGGGUCCGGCGAGGCAGCAGGAAACGGGCGGAUCCGGCGAGCUCCAUGCCGGAUCUGGACGGGGCCGGAGGAAGGGAGGCGACGGCGAGGGAAAACGGCGUCGGGACGGCAAGGCGGCGCCGGCGAUGGUGACCCGCGGCGGCGAGGGCGCACAGCGGCGGAGAAAACCGGUGGCGAAGGCGUGGAUCGAGGGGCUCCUCCCCUCGACCGGCUGCGGGAGCGAGGAGGCGCGGGGUGCCUGCGGGCGGCGGCAGAGAUCCGGGCUCGCGCGGGCCUCGGAUGGGCUCCGCGGGCCGGCGGCGAAGUGGGGCGGCGCGGUGCCAUGUGGCGCGCGGACUCCCUCACCUACCUCCGUCCUGCCUCCGUCGCCAAGAUCAAAGAGGAAUGAAGCCUGGUCAGCCACGCUCCUGCCUGACGGGCCGAGCUCGGCGCUGCUCCAGCUUUGUGAGUCCCCCAUUCUCCUGCUACCGGUGUCGUCCCCCUUUAGGCCCCCUGGUUUCGAGGCCUCCCCAACGCCUCCCCGGCCGUCUAGUGGGUCGGUGCGUCGUACUCCCUCCCCUGUGCGCCGCCGCCGAGCUGACGCUUCCGGUGCGGUUGGCCUCCAGUGCCUAGCGCCACUUUUCGGGGAGCGGCCAGCCGCCAUUCUGCCCGUCCCCACCCCGACUGCAAAGCCUCCGCGAGCUCCAGCGGCGCGCCGGAAGACCUUGGCAGGAGUCACCAUCUCUGAGGUUGGCGGUGCACUCUCUCUGCACAAGACGUGGGUGGCGGCUCGUCCGAAGGCCACGCCCAUGGCUCGUGCGGCUGAAAUCCUGGUUUGUCGUUCUCUGGGCAUCCCGUAA